AUGCUCCUCCCACGCUCAUUCGCCCUCGCUGGGCUCGCAGCCACUCUUCUGCCCCAGGCUUUGGCGCAGACAUGGACUUCCUGCAACCCUCUCAACGCGACGUGCGGCAACCAGCCCGCCCUGGGCACAAACGCCACAUUCCACUGGAACAAGACGCAAGCCGACUCGGACCUAUGGAACUCGACGGCGGGCACCAUUGACUUCUCCACCACAGGUGGUGAGUUCACCAUCAACGGCCAGGGUGACUCCGUGUCCAUCAUGUCCAACUUCUUCAUCUUCUUCGGCCGCGUCGAGAUUGUCAUGCGGGCGUCGCCCGGCCAGGGAAUCGUCAGCAGCAUCGUGCUGCAGUCGGAAGAUCUGGACGAGAUCGACAUCGAGUGGAUCGGCGGAAACAACACCCACUGGCAAUCCAACUACUUUGGCAAGGGCAACACCACGACGUACGACCGUGCCGUGUGGCACCCGAUCGACGACCCGCAGGGCCACUGGCACAACUACACGAUCGACUGGACCCAGGAGAAGCUGGAGUGGUGGGUCAACGACGAGCUCAUCCGCACGCUCAAGUACGAGGACGCCAACAACGGCGACAACUACCCGCAGACGCCGAUGAACCUGCGCCUCGGCAACUGGCCCGGCGGUGAUCCCGACAACAACAACAUCGGAACCGUCGAGUGGGCUGGUGGCGAGGUGCUGUGGGACGAUGCUCCUUUCACCAUGACGAUCCGCGACGUCUACAUCCAGGACUACAGCGAAGGCAAAGAGUACAAGUGGGGCGACAACUCUGGCAGCUACGAGAGCAUCGAGAUCAUCAACGGCACUUCGGCGGCAAAGGACGUGCUGUACGGUGUGCACGGCGUGUCGGGCCGCUGGCAGGCGAUGCCGGCGGCGACGCGCGGCGGCAUCGUGGCAGGCGCGCUCGGCGGGCUCGCCGUGUGCGCGGGCGCCUUCGUCUUCUGGUGCAUGAAGAAGCGCAACCAGGGCGCCAAGGCUCACAAGCUCGAGGACGACAACUGGGCAAAGGAACAGGAGGAGCUGCUCGAGUACAAGUCGCAGUACCAGCGCAUGCGUCCGGACAGCUCGGACGUGCACCGCCCGCACCGCAUCGCUCGCUCGCCACGCCGCUCCCGGCCGCCACUGGUGCUGGUGCUGGUGCUGGUGCUGGUGCUGGUGCUGGGCUGGUGCUGGCGCCCUCCGCACGUGCUGCCAUCACGACCGCCUCUCGACCUGCAGAUCUGCGAGCUGACCGUCGCCAUGGACCAGCCCGACGCUGACCCUGCCUCCGCGCAUCCUAACCCUGAAAAUCCCCCCAGCUACCCCAUGGACCCGCGCGAGGAUGCACUGCUGCCCCCCGCCAUUUUGGACCCCGGUCUGGCUUCCGACAGGGCGCCGACCACCAUCCCGCCCGUCAAUGAAUUCCUGCCCCCCGCCCAGGGCCCCGAGAAGGACCGCCCCACCAACGAUGCCAUGCCCGUGAGCCUGGACGACUGCGAAGAGGAGCCCGCUGAACCCAAGUCAUUCGAGCGCACCAACAGCCCCGCCCAGAUGCUGCGCACCCGCGCCGUGGCCUACGACAAAGUGGGCGAGGAUGGCAUCAAUAAGAUGCACAAGUUCACGCUAUACGAGACAAGCCACCGCUUCUACCUCGUCGGCGCCGACGUCCUGGACAUGCAUUUCCGUAUCCUCAAGAUCGACCGCACUGCCCCGCCCGGCCACCUCAAUAUCUUCGAGGACGACAACGUCUACGACCGCAAAGACAUGAACGAGCUCUUAAACACCAUCGACGAAGGCAACAAGGGCUCCGGUGGCCUGAAGUUGAAAUGCGUCGCCUGGGGUCUGCUGGGCUUCAUCCGCUUUACCGAGGCCUACUACAUGCUGGUCAUCACCAAACGCACUGCCGUCGCCAUGCUCGGAGGCCACUACAUCUACCAGGUAGACGGCACCGAGAUGAUCCCCCUGACCACCGGUCCCACUUCUCGUUUUGCCAAAGACCGCAAUCCCGAGGAAGCACGGUUCUUGAGCAGCCUCAACAACCUGGACCUGACGCGGUCCUUUUACUUCAGCUACGCCUACAAUGUGACCAGAUCCCUCCAGCAGAACAUCAUCCGCGAGCGCGAGGCUUUGUGCAAGGGUCACCAGUUCCCCAAAGCAGACUUUCAAGAGAUGUUUGUCUGGAACCACUACCUCCUGGAGCCCGCGCGCGGUGCUUUGAAGAACACCUAUGAUUGGUGCUUGCCAAUCAUUCACGGCUUCAUUGACCAGUCUACCCUGGACAUCUUCGGGCGUCGCGUUUACAUAACAAUCAUCGCCAGGCGAUCGAGAUACUUUGCUGGCGCUAGGUUUCUGAAGCGUGGUGCAAACGACAUCGGCUACGUCGCGAACGAUGUAGAAACAGAGCAGAUCAUUUCCGACCUGCUAACCACAUCCUUCCAUGCUCCUGGGCCGCGCUUGUAUGCCAACCCUACCUAUACCUCGUACAUCCAACAUAGAGGCAGUAUCCCCUUGUACUGGACUCAGGACAACAGUGGUGUUACCCCCAAACCUGAUAUUGACCUGAACCUUGUGGAUCCGUUCUAUAGCGCUGCAGCAUUCCAUUUCGAUAAUCUAUUCGAGCGGUAUGGAGCGCCCUGCUAUGUCCUCAAUCUGAUCAAAGCAAGAGAGCGCACUCCUCGCGAGUCCAAACUGCUACAUGAGUUCAAGAAGGCUGUUGACUACCUAAACCAAUCCUUGCCUGUAGACAAAAAGAUCAUUUACAAGGCAUUCGAUAUGAGUAGAGCAUCAAAGACGCGCGGCAUGGACGUCAUUGGAAGCCUGGAGAUGAUUGCUGAGGACGUACUUCAAAAGACGGGCUUCUUCCACAAUGGAGAUGCGGAACGAGACGAGCCACAGGUCCAGAACGGCGUCGCGAGAACCAACUGUAUCGACUGCCUUGACCGAACGAAUGCAGCACAAUUUGUCAUUGGUAAACGUGCCCUCGGUCGGCAGCUCAAAGCGCUAGGAGUGAUAUCUGGCAACACUGUCGAGUACGACUCCGAUGCUGUCAACAUAUUCACCUACAUGUUUCAUGACCAUGGCGACACCAUCGCCAUCCAGUACGGAGGCUCGCACCUCGUCAAUACCAUGGCGACAUACCGGAAAAUCAACCACUGGCAAAGCCAUUCCAGAGACAUGGUGGAGAGCUUCAAGCGGUACUAUCACAAUUCUUUUCUCGACUCGCAACGGCAGGAGGCAUACAAUUUGUUCCUUGGAAAUUACAAGUUCGCGCAGGGCCAGCCAAUGCUCUGGGACCUCGCCACGGACUACUAUUUGCACCACACUGACCCGAGGCAAUGGCCGAUGAAGAGACGAAAGGACUACAUUAACUGGUUCACACCCCAGUUCCUGGAACCUCGAGUUUUGCCUCCGUGCAGCAGACCAGCGCCAAACGGAGAAGCCGACAGGACUGAAGCUUUUGACGACUACUGGCAGGAAUACUACCGUCCUCUGUCAUUGUCGUCGAUUGCGAAAAUCUUCACAUUCAAGAUGAAUAUGACGCCGAGGCUGGUGUCAGGGAAUUCAGGCGGCGGGAAAUCAUACGACCUCAGUCCUUUCACGCCUCGAAAGCACAUACCGCAUGAGAUCGAGCAGCCGCCCCCUGAGAAGAAGGUCGCAACCAGGAAGGGAGUGACCAUUCUCGAUCCACACAGCGAAGAAGACUCCAUGCGAGAGGCAUCCGUCCCCAUGUCCCGCGGCCCGUCCGCGCCGGGCGGCCCCAUGGAAAACUCACCCGCAAAGCAAAGCAUCCUCCGCGACCCCCACUUCGAACUCGGCGUCGUGCCGCCGCACUCAUCCACCACCGCCGGCGGCGCGUCAUUCACGAACCCCUCGUCGGCGUUCCGGCCGCCCGACAAGUCGCAGAUGACGCAGUGGUCGCUCAACCAGUUCCACCACAGCUCGCUCAACCCGUCCGUCACGGGGGCGGAAGCGUCGGAAUACGAGCGCUACAUCAGCCACCCGCUCAACCUGCCCCUCGUCGUGUCCACCGAGCUUCCCGACGACUUCUCGAACAUGGACUUCGUCGAGUACGUCAACAGCGUCAACGGCGCGACGGGUGACGGCGGCCGGAACUGGGAGGUCGGCGAGGAUGAGUUGGCCGAGUAUAGGGACUUUUUGAAUGUGCCGGAGAAUCCGCUGACGGUGAUUGAGGAGGAUGGCGAGAAGAAGCGGUAUAAGCGGUACAGGCAGUGGCUUAGGGGGAAGAGUCUGUUCAAGCAGAGUAAGGUCGAUCCGGAAUAUCGCGAGUUGGGGAUGGGGAGGCGAUGA